GUCCAAGGCACGAAUAGAGCGUGUUGAUUUAACAACGUUAUUCCUGAUUACUGAUGAACAGAAGGACAGGAGAUUCCAGUGCAGCAGCAGUGCUUAAGGGUAGACAUAAGCAGAACUUCCCGCAGGCGCUAAAACCCUUCCCUGAGGCCAGCAUCCGGCUGUCACCCUUCAGAUCCUGCCUUUCCAGGAAAGCAGGUAUUCUCCCACCCAGUGACGUCUCAGAAACUAUUUUUGAGAACAUGCUAAUUGCCACACCAACUGCCUAUGGAAAACUCAGUUUCGGUGACAGAAAUAAGUGCACGAGAUAAUCUUUAACCCGUUUCCUUUCUCUCCCCACUCCCGCCUCGCUCGGCUUCAUUAGGGUUCCCGCCAGUGCCUGAGGAGCGGCACGACCCCGAGGGCCCAGGGAGUUGCCCGGCUGGCCUAGGCAGGCAGCUAACCAUGGCCAGCGCGGCCGUGCAGCUCCUCGGCUUCCUGCUCAGCUUCCUGGGCAUGGUGGGCACGCUGAUCACCACCAUCCUGCCACACUGGCGGAGGACGGCGCACGUGGGCACCAACAUCCUCACGGCUGUGUCCUACCUGAAGGGGCUCUGGAUGGAGUGCGUGUGGCACAGCACGGGCAUCUACCAGUGCCAGGUCUACCGCUCCCUGCUGGCGCUGCCCCAAGACCUUCAGGCUGCCCGUGCCCUCAUGGUCAUCUCCUGCCUGAUCUCGGGCAUGGCCUGCGCCUGUGCCGUCAUCGGGAUGAAGUGCACACGCUGCGCCAAGGGCACGCCUGCCAAGACCACCUUUGCCAUCCUCGGCGGUGCCCUCUUCAUCCUGGCUGGCCUCCUGUGCAUGGUGGCCGUCUCCUGGACCACCAACGAUGUGGUGCAGAACUUCUACAACCCGCUGCUCCCCAGCAGCAUGAAGUUCGAGAUCGGCCAGGCCCUGUACCUGGGCUUCAUCUCCUCGUCCCUCUCGCUCAUCGGUGGCACCCUGCUUUGCCUGUCCUGCCAGGACGAGGCACCCUACCGGCCCUACCAGGCCCAGCCCAGGGCCACCACAGCCACCGCGACCACCGCCCCCGCCUACCAGCCACCAGCUGCCUACAAAGACAACCGGGCCCCCUCAGUGACCUCAGCCACACACAGUGGGUACAGGCUGAACGACUACGUGUGAGUCCCCAGGGCUGGCUUCUUCCCACGGCCGCUGCGGGCUGGGUCCCCUGUGGGAGUGUCGAUGGAGGCAGGGGUUCCAGCACAAAAGUGACUUCUGGGCGAUUUUUGUAUUCAAGGAAAUAAUGUGAACGCAAGGAAAUGUCUUUAGAGCGCAGGGACAGAGGGGAAAUAAGAGGAGGAGAAAGCGCUCUUACCAAAGACUGAAAAAAAUCCCAUUUUUGUAUCUAUUAUGUGUAUUUAUAUGGGUGAUUUGAUAACAAGUUUAAUACAAAGUCACUUGGGAGUUUGGUCAGUGGGGUUGGUUUGUGAUCUAGGAAUAAACCCUGUGGACAUGGCUGUUUAUGAAA